GGGCGCCGCAGGACGCGCUGCGGGACCCGGCGCUCGGCGCGGAGAGCGGGCGGCGCGCACCGGGCGGCGUGCACCCCACGAUGCUCAAGCGCUGCGGCCGCCGCCUGCUGCUGGCGCUGGCGGGGGCGCUGCUCGCCUGCCUGCUGGUGCUCACGGCCGACCCCCCGCCGCCCCCGCCGCCCGCUGAGCGCGGCCGGCGCGCGCUGCGCAGCUUGGCGGGCCCCGCGGGGGUGGCCCCGGCGCCGGGGCUGGAGGCGGCGGCGGCGCCCGGGGCGCUGACCCGCGAGGUGCGCAGCCUGUCCGAGUACUUCAGCCGGCUGACCCGCGCGCGCAGGGACGCGGGCUCCCCGCCCGGGGGCGCCGCCCGGCCCGCCGACGCCCACCCGCGGCCGCAGGCGGAGCCGCUCGCGCCCCACGACGUCUUCAUCGCCGUGAAGACCACCAAGAAGUUCCACCGCGCGCGCCUCGACCUGCUGCUGGAGACCUGGAUCUCGCGCCACAAGGAGAUGACGUUCAUUUUCACCGACGGGGAGGACGAGGCCCUGGCCCAGCGAGCGGGCAACGUGAUCAAUACCAACUGCUCGGCCGCCCACAGCCGCCAGGCCCUGUCCUGCAAGAUGGCAGUGGAGUAUGACCACUUCAUCGCCUCCGGGAGGAAGUGGUUCUGCCACGUGGACGACGACAACUACGUGAACGUGUGGGCCCUGCUGCGCCUGCUGGCCAGCUACCCGCACACCCAGGACGUGUACAUCGGCAAGCCCAGCCUGGACCGGCCCAUCCAGGCCACCGAGAGGGUCAGCGAGAACAAGAUGCGCCCUGUCCACUUCUGGUUUGCCACGGGCGGCGCUGGCUUCUGCAUCAGCCGAGGGCUGGCCCUGAAGAUGAGCCCGUGGGCCAGCGGGGGCCACUUCGUGAGCACGGCCGAGCGCAUCCGGCUGCCGGACGACUGCACGGUGGGCUACAUCGUGGAGGCGCUGCUGGGCGUGCGGCUCAUCCGCAGCGGCCUCUUCCACUCGCACCUGGAGAACCUGCAGCAGGUGCCCGCCGCGGAGCUGCACGAGCAGGUGACCCUGAGCUACGGCACCUUCGAGAACAAGCGGAACUCGGUCCACGUCAAGGGGCCCUUCUCCGUGGAGGCCGACCCUUCCCGGUUCCGCUCCAUCCACUGCCGCCUGUACCCCGACACUCCCUGGUGUCCCCACACCGCCGUCUUCUAGCCGCCGCGGCUGAGACCCCGUCCCCGGGCGCCCCUGGUAUCCAAAGGGCCUGGGGACCCCUGUUGGGCCGCCCUGGCCUUGGCAUUGGAGGCUGCCAGGGCUGUUGUGCCUCCGUGAGUGUACGUGCGCCCCCCUGGGUCGCAGGCUGCUGGCAGCUCUGCUCUGCUCGGCCGGGGAGCGGGCACCGGGGCUCCGAGCCCAGGCCGGAGGGAGUGGUCCGGCAGCGGCCACUGUGCGGGCGGUUCUGUGUGGCCGGGGGGGGGGGGGUUCUUUGGGCAGAAGGGGGUCAGGGCUGCCCCGCCCGGCUGGCCCUGUGCCCGGGCACCUGUCUCGGAGCCCCCAGGACACCUGAGCCCUGGAAGGAAGCUGGGUUUUAGGGGUCAGUGGCCUGGUCCCCUCCUCCUCCCACUGAGCUCUGGCCCUGCCAGCAGCCCUGUGAAGCCCCGUGGCCGUGUGGCUGGGGGGACAGUGCCCCCCGUCCCAAGCCUCGGGGUCGGGGCCGCCGGGCGCCUCAGAGUCUUGCCUUUGUCUCCCCAGGUGGGGAGGCAGAGCUGAGCGUGUCUCCUCUCCCAAGCAGAGAGCGAGUCGCCCACAGUGGGCGUGUCUGUACAUACCGUGACAGUAUUUUUACUGUGCUGGGGUUUCGAAGGGGGGUGGGCUGUAAAAAGUGGGGUGUCCUUGUCUUGUUCUCGGGGAGCGGGGGAGGGUGUUACUUUAUCGUUUCUGUGGAUCAGAAAAAGCAGAAGCCAGGCCUGGGGUCAUCUCUGUGGUCGAAGCUGGAAGCCUGAGUUGUCUGUCCGGCCUCCUGACCUCCGAUCGGCCCCCAGGGCGCACCUGGCCGGUGCGCGCCGUCUCCUGUUUUUCUUUCUGCAAAGACAUAGCUAGGAAGGGGAACAAUAAGGGAACGUUCUCAGGGAAUCGCUGUGUGGUUGCUAUGGUGACGUCCUUGCUGUGAAUAAAGGUGCUGGGGCAGCG